AUGAUGUCGAAUGUCGACGAGAAGUACCUCUUCGCCGUCUCCGACGACGAGGACGACGCCGCGCCGGGCGCCGUGUCGUCGCUCUCGUCCGAGGACGAGGCGCGGAGCCCCGUCGACUGGCGGGCCGUCGUCCACCGCACGGCGCGCGAGCAGCUCGGCGCGGGCGCGGGCGGCGGCCCGUCCGACGCCGCCGCCCGGCUCCGGCGCGCGGCGCCGGCCGUCGUCGCGGUCGCGCGCGGCGCGGCGCGCUGGUCGGCGCAGCUCGGCGUCGAGUGCCGCGCGGGCGGCGGCGGGCGCGAGCAGAAGACCUGGGCGCGGACCUUCCCCAUCUUCGGCGGCUGCGGCGUCGGGAGCGAGCCCCCGGGCGUCGCGGCCGUCGCCGACGCGCUCGCCGAGGCGCUCGCGCCCGGCGCGGCGCCGCGCGCGCGCGCCGCGACGCUCGUCCUCUGCGUCGGCGACGCGGGCACCUGCGAGGCCCUCCAGCGCGAGGCCGUCGCCGCGGCGGCGUGCGCGGCGGCGGCGCGCGUCGGGGGCCGGGGCGCCGGCGCCGCCGCGGCGCCGCCGCUCCUCCUGCGGCUGCGCCGCGUCGACGCCGCCGGCGCGGCCUGCGACCUGCUCCGGAGCGAGCAGCGGCCCGUCGGCGGCGGCGGCGACGCGGCCGCGACGACGCGGCUCGUGCACCGCCUCUUCGACGCCGCGCACCUCGCGGCGGCGGCGCAGCCGGGCCCCGGCCACGUCGUCGCCACGCUCGACGCGGCGCCGGGCCUCGCCGCGGCGGGCCGCGCGGCGCACGUCGUCCGCGUCGCCCAGGCCGGCGACGGGCCGGCCGGCGGCGCGGCGCAGCUCGACGCCUGCGUCGCCCUCGUCCGCGGCGCCUGCGGCGUGGACCCGCCGCCGCCCGGCGCGGCGUUCCUCGCCGCGGAGGCCCGGCCCGUCGUCGCCGUCUGCGUCGGCGGCCGCGCGCCGGAGCCGCUCGCGUUCGCGCUGCCCGCGCUCCACUGGGCCGCGGCGGCGGCCAAGGGCGACGGCGGCGGCGCGCUCGCGCGCGACGCGGGCGCGCGCGCCCUGCAGAGGGCCGCGGCGGACGCGCGGGCCCUCGAGGCCGUCGCCGCGGACGCGCGGCCGCUCUCCGUGUCGCAGCUCGCGGCGCGGGACCCGCCGUCGCCGCGGCCGGGCGCCACCGGCACCACGCCGACGGCGGCGGCCGCGGCCGUCGAGGCGCUCGUCGAGCGCGAGCGCGACCUGUCGGCGCGGGCGCUCGCGCGCGCCGUCGAGGAGACGCGCGCGCAGCGCGACGCCGAGGGCGCGCUGCGCGACCUGCGGGAGCAGCUCCGCCAGGCGGAGGUCGACCGGGACGCGGCGCUCGCGCGGGCCUCGGAGGCCUCGGAGAGCUCCAAGGCCGAGGCGCGGCGGCGCCUCGAGGCCGAGGCCGCGGCGCUCGAGGCCGCGUCCCGGUGCUCGGCCGUGGAGCGCAAGCUCGAGGGCGCCGCGUCCGUCGCCGUCGAGGCCGCGGCGGAGCUCGAGCAGACGGCGACGGCGCGCGACGCCGCCGACGCGGCGACGGCCGCGAUGCGGUCGCUGCUCGAGGCGACGCCGGCGCCGCCGGAGCGGCCGGAGCUCGAGGCGCCGCCGUCGCCGCUGACGCAGUCGCUGGACCGGCCCGCGACGCCGGCGUCGCUCGCCUCCGGGAGCCGCGACGACAUGGGCCUCGUGAACGACCUCGUGUCGACGUCGCUGUCGUCGAUGGAGCGGCGCGCGCAGCUCCUCGAGGAGGAGCUCGCGCGGUCGCGGCGCGAGGCCGAGGCGCGGGAGCGCGAGCUGCGCGAGGCCAAGGCGAAGCGCGACGACGAGCGGCGCGAGGUCGACGCCGCGCUGGAGCGCGAGCGCGCGCGCCACGCCGAGGAGCUCGACGCGCUGCGGGCCACGGCGCAGCGCGACCUGGAGCAGUCGCUGCGGAGCGUGCACGCGUCCGUGUCGCGGCAGGCCGAGGCCGCGCGCGCGGCGCUCCGGGACCUCGCGGACGAGCGGGACGCCGUCGUCGAGGAGCGCGCCGCAGCGGCGUCGGCCGCGGCGGCGGAGCGCGAGGCGCUGCGGCGCGAGCUGAGCGCGGCGCACGACGCGGUCGACCGGGCCGGCCGCGUCGCGGAGGCGGCGCGCGCGGACGCGGCGGCCGUCGCCUACGGCGAGAAGCUGCGCGCGGCGGCCGCGGCGGCGCCCGCGGCGCCCGCGCCGGCGCCCGCGGAGGACGCGCCGCGGGCCGAGCCGCCGCCGCCGCCGACGCCGCCGGGCGCCGGGCACACGGCGCGCGAGGUCCAGGCCCUCGAGGCGGCGCUCAAGUCGCGGGAGUCGGAGAUCUCGGAGCUCCGGGCGUCGUCGCGGCGCGAGGCCGCAGCCCUGUGGCUGGCCGUGGGCCGCGCGGAGGACGCGCUCGCGGCGUCGUCGCGGUCCCUGGUCCAGCACGGCGCGCUCGUCGCGGCGUCCUGGGACUCGGACGACGCCGGGCCGCCGCCGCCGCCGCCGCCGCGGGACCGCCCCCACCAACCCAGCGCCGACGACGACUCGGCGCUCGACUCGGUCGUGUCGGACCUCGACGACCUCGACGCGCGCCUCGCGCGGCUCCGGGGCCGGCGCGCCGCCGCCGCGCGGGCGCCGCCCGUCGUCGAGACGGCGCGGCCGCCGCAGCCGCCCUCGUCGAACCCCGUGCCCAAGAUCGAGCGGACGAACCGCGACGUCCUCGACUUCCUCGAGACGUCCUCCGGGCCGUCGCGCACGCCGAAGCAGCAGCCGGCGUCGCCGGCGCGUCGCGUCGUUGCGACGGAGAAAAUUCUCGGCGAAGCGCCCGCGCGGCGCCGCCGCAAGCCCAUGGCCGUCGGCUCGGCGCCGCCGUCGACGGCGCCCGUGCCCGCGCCGUCGGCGCGAUCCGUGGACCGCGACCGGCGCCAGCGCAUCGCCAAGCUCCGGCGCGACCGCGCGGAGCUGUCGCCCGCGGGCUUCCCCGCGACGCUCCGCGGCUAG